AUCUGGGAGAUAAACACAGCUUUCAAAUUAUGAACAAUUAAAAAAAAUAGCAUUCACUGAUGGUUUAGUCUUUUAAAGUGGAAACUUUCCAAGCUUUGCCCUGCUUCAGUCUGUGUUUUGGCAGCUUCUGGAGUAGGACUUGAUGCCUAUGCAUGGCUGGGUACCACAAGGGAUGUCCUAGAUCUGCAGUAGGCAUCCCUGAGGGAGAUUACGGAGCACCUCAAAUUAUGUGAGAUACUUAUAUCUAGGUACCUGAAUCCCAUACUCCAUCUUUCACAGUGAGAUUCAGAAUCAGGCUGCAGCACCUACAUUUUGAUGUCUCCAAUGUGAGAGGGUGAUUUAGCCCACCCUAAAGUAGUCAGCUGAAGCAGUCUGAGUUGUGUUGCCUGGAUUAACAAGGUGUUCAUGAAAGAAGAGUUUCUGACAGGUAUUUAUCCUCUACCUUUCCUGACUCAUAUUUCCACUGAGCUGGUGUGGGGAUAGCUGUUACAGGUGAUGAGGUGUUGGGUGCUAUGGGAAUGACUGUCGAGCAUCUCAGGGGGAGUGAGACAUGGUUAUGGCAUGAACCUGUAUUGUCCUUUUGCCAGCAAAAAAAAACAGGAAAAAAAUGCUUUAAAUAUCUGCAGACAUCCACUACCUACCUAUUUCAUUCUCUGUGAGAUCAGAUCAGUUCUGCUGAGCAUGAAGUCUGCUGCUUUGUGGCAGGGUACAAGAACAGAACCAGCAGUGGGGGUAAAAUCAGGCUCUUGCCCUGAUCUGCAGCCCUACACAGGGUUGAGCAUCCAGCAGAGACCAUCAGGGGUCUUUGGUGUGGUCCCCCCAGAGCCAGCUCUGCUAGGGAAGUCUUUACAUCAGGCACACAACUGCCUCCUACAUCCCAAGCAUGGUACUUUUCAUAGAGUUAUCAGAGUCUGGGCUUUCAUUUCAACACCUUGUAACUAGUGAGGUUGAAUUAAGAAAAGCCUGCUUGGCUUCAUUGUUUUGUUUAUACCUAGAAGUCACAACCAGAUUUUUGUGUUCUGACUUGUGAAAUGGAAACAACCAGUUGGAAAAGCCUGAAAAGAGUAUGAACAGGAGACUGUGCUUGUCUGAGUUGCAUUACAAAGCAGAUUUGUAGGCUAAUGUCUGAAUUCCUCAUGUACCUUGAUUCAAGACUCUGCAAUAUUGUCAUUAAAGUUAGUCUAAAUUAAAAAUGAAAAUAAUAUGCUGAGUCUCUGAGGGGGAUCAUAUGUUGACAAUAUGGGCUUCUUGUUAUUUUAUUUUUGGAUCAUGAACUGUAUGGAGAAAGCACAAGGGAACAAUUUGAUUGAGGGACAUUAAUCAUACACUGACAUUCCUGAUGAGACAGCAUAGGAGGAAGGAUGUCCUGCAAGAUGAAGCAGAAAAGAACCUGGCACCUUGGUAAAGGAAUGCCCAGGGUCAGAUCCCUGGAGGAAAAAGUGCAGUAGGGAGAACAGUGCCCAGCAUCAGAAAAACCUCUCUCUAAGCUUUGGCUCAGCAUGAGGUUCUGUCUGAAAGUCUCGGGUUUUGAUGUGGAGAGAGAAAUCUGUUUAAGCAGAAGGCAGCAUGUACAGCAAUUCAGUUUAUUUCUCAGGACAGACAAAGCUAAUAUAUAAAAAACAUUUUUUUCCUGUAGUAAUGGGGAUGGCUUUUGUUCAAGUCUGAAAUGACUCUCAUUGCAGUAAAUUCUUCAGCAGUUUUUUGAUGGGAGUCUUAUUUUUAUGGUUAAUUGUAAAGUCUGUCAUUUCUAGUCUGCAACUUUCCCUUAACUUUCCCUUGCAAGUGAAAAAAAAAAAAAUCUCACUUUUCUUUGGCUGCUCUAUUCAUCUCUGAUAUAUUAAUAUAUUUCCAAGUUAUUAUACACAGUCUUACUUAUGAACAACUAUUAGAGUCUGGUGAAUCUUUUUUUAAUGUAAAAUGUCCACCCCUUCUUGAUGAAGCUGCUAGAACCUUCAUGCUAUAACCUUCAUGGGGGGUUGGACCCAAUGAUCUUUCGAGGUCCCUUCCAACCCCUUCAGUUCUGUGAUUCUGUGAUUCAGAUCCCAUUGACAUUAACAUGUGACCCUAAUGAAAAGGGAAACCAUUCUGUGUCCCCAGGAUCUGCUCACACCAUUGUUCACCAAGUUGUGAUAGUCCCAGCUCAGCAGCUUGCAUGGUCCCCAUCAGGAAGCCAUUGCCAUCCUCGGAGUUUAUGAUGCAAAAGGAGCCCCAUAGCACUGAUGGAUAUCAGGGAGGAGGUAGUUUUCUCUUACAGAUGAAUCAGAAUGAAAUUCAGAGCUUGAUUUCAAUAGAGUUAGGGUAUUUGCACUCAGUCCAAGUUGAGGGUAACAGUCAGUAUGCAACAGCUCUUAAAGUCUGUAUCUGAGGGCAAAAUCCGAUAGAAAACAGGAGAACAUAAAGUGUAAGUUCAGAAAUGGUAUUGGUAUUCACCUGUAAUCCCCAAAUCCUCUAGUCAGCAUCUUCUGGCUAGCAGGCUCCCAAUACUCUCCACACAUCUGUGCAAGCUGGUGUUGGGAAACAGGUUCCCUGCAAACUCAGCACCAUCCAGGGCUGAGGACAUUGGAUCUGGAGUGGGGAAUAGGAACCCAUGCAUUCACUGUCCACAAGACCUGACCUGGUAGACCUGUUCACACUGCACUUACAACACGUCUUCUGCCUUUAAUACUCAGUGGGAGAUUGUGGAGACCCCUCUCCUUGAAAAGCAUCUGACAUGGUCGUUCUAAGCAUUUUUUAGCUGAAAGCCUUAAGGAUUAGAGGAUGAAAUAAAAGAGGUAGCUUUCUCAGCCUGAGGCUUCAAACCCACAAUUGUCUCCUUGUGGGAAAAUGCCCUGCUCUCUGUGUUGCAUGCUGUGCUGAGUGACUUAGGAUAAACCUGGUAUUUUUCACCUAUUACAAAACCAUGCAGGAAGGAAUAAUAAAAAAAAUAUGUUUUUAAAUAUGCCAGAAUAAGUGCAGCACAAGAAAGACCCUAUCUCUGUGGUGCAGAGGUUCAUGUGUUCAGCAGGAGAGAGGAUGACUUCCAGAUUUCAAAACUGGAUGCUUUUUUGUGUUUGGUUAAUGUUAAAGGCAAAAGCUGUCCUGGAGGGCAGGGCUUGUUCCUGGCUGCCAGCUCCCUAAGCCACCAGCUAUGAGUCUGUCUCCUUGUCCCAUUUACCAUGUGCUUUAUCUACCCAGCCUUGCUGCUUCCAUUGCAAUCCCCUGGGAAUGACCAAUGUAAAUUCUUCAGACAAACAUCUUAGGUGUGCCCACCAGGACAGCGCUACAAACAAAAAAUGCUUUGAACCAAACUGCUGACAAGCACAGGCACAGCACUGCUGUUUCACUUUCUAAGCACCAGCAGACACUUGCCACCAGCUGAAAGCACUGAGAGGAAAUAUUCACAGCCCGGGAACUGGGUUUUGUGUACGCUGCAGUGCCAGGAGGGAAACACCUGACGGAGCAAGAAGGGCAAAUGUUUGCUCAGUGGGACGUCUCUGAGCAACCCAAACACUCCGCAUGUGUGUUGUUACGUGCCUGGCAGAGAGGUAAGCUGACAGAAGGCCUUGAUCGACUGAGAACCUCAGCAGUUGCCCGUGGUGCAUGCAACAAAUUGUCUGUCACCCUCCUGGGCUUAGUUCGGCCAGCUACAUUUCUUUCUGGUGGAAGAAUGAACGCAGAUGCCUCCUUCAGAUGUGCCCCUACGGGUCCUGACCCACUGUGGAGGUACCUUACAGAGCACGACCCAAAGUACGAAGGGAAGAAGAAACUGAAGAUCUCCGGUAGAGAGCUGGCAGCGGUUCCUGAGCAGGUCUUCGGCCUGGACCAGCUGCAGGUCCUGGAGAUGAGCCCAGAACGGGAGAGCUGCCUGACGCACCGCCUGGAGCUGCUCCCCCGAGACAUCAGCCGCCUGAAGAACCUCACUCUCCUUUACAUGGACUCCAACAACCUGAAGGCCCUUCCUGCCGAAAUCGGCUCUCUGAGGCACUUGGAGAGGCUCACCCUGAGCAACAACCGCCUGAGCUCCCUGCCCCCUGAGAUGGCGGCGCUUCAGAGGCUGCGAAGCCUCCACCUGGCCAACAACAGCCUGACUGAACUGCCUGCCCCUCUCUGCCAGCUAAGGGGCCUCACCUUUCUGGACCUGAGUGACAACAAAAUCCGCACAAUCCCCUCCAGCAUCCGGCAUCUGGAGAAACUGGAAACGCUGCUGUUGCUCUUCAACUCCCUGGAGAGCCUGCCUGAGGAUAUCUGUGUUUUAAGGAACCUGCACACGCUGUGGCUGGGAAACAACUGUUUACGGGCCCUUCCAGCAAGCUUUGGGGAGUUGGUGAACCUGGACUGGGGAUGCAAUUACUGCUCGUGCAAUUUUGAGGGGAAUCCACUGGAAUGUCCUCCCCCUGAGAUCUGCAGCAGAGGCCCUGAAGAGAUCAGAGAUUAUUUCUUGUCGCUUCAUAGGACGCAGAGAGAAUAGACAACUGGUGCCAGUCCUCCUGAGGUGACUGAGGUGGAAUUAUGCUCUGCAAAUAAUCUGCACAGGAGAAAUGUGUUUCAGGUGGAAAAGUCUGGUGAAAUCACUCUGUGGAGCUUCAAAGCUUCCUCUCUGCUGUACCGUGAUUUCUCUGGCAGUCUGUUUUUUGACACGAGUACUGAGUGAUGGUCUAUACCUUUCAAAGAUUAUUUCAGGGACAGCUAUAAUCUUUUUAGUUUUUAUAGUUGUAUAGAUCUAUCUCAGGAAAUGUUGUAGCCAUAAAUUCAAUCUGAGAAAAUAAAAAGUAUCUAGUCUGAGAGUAUAGAGCACCUCGUGGCUGUAAAUGGCAAUAAUGCAUAGUUUUCACGCUGGUCAGUGCUUGAGACUGGACUUGCAUUAGGUGCAGGCUGAGAUUUGUGGAAGUGUUUAAGACUGUACAGACACAUGGAUUUGGAUUUUCUUGAGGUGGCUCAGAAUCUCAUUGCUUUCAUUGGCAUUUUGCAGUUUUGCAUCCAACACAAAUAUAGAAUCAGCUCAGGGUUCUGUCUAGCUCUUGAUAGAAGCAACCUGUAUCCAGGUCCCACAAGGUACCAUGCAAGUGAUAUCUCAAGGCUGGGAAAGUGUUGCGAGAUAUGAAAAGAGAGAUAUUAAAAUAUGAGUAUGCAAACUUCCUGCAAGGGAACACUUCUGAAAAUUCCUCUUUAUAAUCAUAAAAGGCUUCAUCAGUGUUACAUUAUGGAAAUUUGCUGAGACUCCUUUCUGUUUCAUUCUGCUCUCCCUUCCCUCAGUCUCUCAUCAGCAUUUUCUUCCCACCUCUCCUUAGCUUUGCUCUUGUUGGGUGUUUUCUCUGUGGCUGUUGCCUCUGACAUUAUCUUCCUGUUUCAUUAUUUCCUCCUGAAAAGCCUCUCACUUCCUUAUAAAUGCUUUUCUUUGCCCUCUUUCCCCUUUGUUUUCUGUUUCUCAUUUGGCUGGUGUACAGAAAGCUGCAGCUUUGUAUCUUUCCUGGAAAGGAAAAGGGCUAAGUCAGGUCUGCUGGGAUCUGAACCCGUGCUUUCAGGGAUCAUGGAGAAAAGGAGAGAUAGUGUUUGAGACACUGAUACAUGGACCAUUAAAUCUAUUGUUUGGUCAUUUUCUUCUCCUCGUAGCAAAGAUCAGCACAAAGAGAACAGGAGACCUGAACAGAUGCUGAAGUUGUAUUGGGUAACAAAACACAAUGCCAGAUAUUCUUGGCAUGAAAUGAUUUGUACAUUGCUCUGACACUGGGUCUGCCUCUUACCUCUGUGAAACUUUUAAGCCAGACAUCACCUUUUGGUGAUUUACUAAUAACAUUUAGUAUAGGACUAGUAUAUCAGAUAGCAAUGAAGCAAUGCAUGGAAAAAAAAGGGCACGCAGUAAUGACACACCAGCUUGUUUAGGGCAUUACAUAAUGGCAAUAUCAGCAGCGGAACGUAAAUAAAAACAAGGUUAUUCAACUGUUCUGGAACAAAUGUGGGUCUGAAAUUGUAGUAAGAGUGGUCUUUUUUAGAGGCCCAUGUCUGACACACUGAAUUCUUCCAGGGCAACAUCUUUAGCCAUAUGGUAAGAGGGACAAUUUGUCGUGUCCUUUGUCAAACCAUUCAGAUCCUGGCUUGCUGUUUUUUUUUUUUUUUUUUUUUUUUUUUCUGCACUGCACAGAGUUUGAGCUUGAGGAUCCAUUUCCAAUUUUUGCAGCCUUUCCCUUCAGCUUCUGGACCAGUGAUUCCCAAAUGGCAAGCUGACUUCAGCUUCUUUGGGGAGUUUACAGCAUCCCACAGCAUUUGCUUUUGUAUUUGGCCAACAUGUUUUCAAACAUUAGAGGGUCCUGCAAGUUUCACAUUGAGGAGUCAAACUCCUUUCAAGGCUAUUCUGAGCUUAGUUCAACCAGUCCCUCUCCAAAAUAAAUAAAUAAAAUAGUUCUGAAACAUGAAGCAUGAUUGCAUCCAUAUGACUGUCAUUCCUGGGAAUAAAUGGAGCUAAGAAGGGGGUUUAAGGUUUAAAAGAAAACGUAAUAAUUAAUAAGCAAUGUCAAUACCUUUGCUUUAGUUCUCCAAUUUCAAUUUAUGGGGAUCUAGAGAAAUUCUCUGAAAUCAAUGCAAGGGAGGGCACUUUGCCCUUACCAUCAUGGUGCUUGUGCAGACUUAAUAUAUUGUUUGGCAAGAAGAAAUUCUCUCCCUGUAUCAUGCUUCGUCCUGGUUGCUUCCAAAAUCUCACUUCCCAAAGUGGAAACCCCAACAGUGCAUAAGUGUUGUUGUAUUCUAGCAUCUGUGUUAGUGGCUUAGUUACACAGAGCAAUAACUAGAUCUUGGUGUUGUCAUUAAGAAGGUAUUAAAAUCUAAUCUCAAACUGCUUAUCCUGUAUUUGUUGUACUAUCUGUAUUGUUGCUAAGCACUCUCAUUUGCCUGUGCUCAUUAAAACUUCAAGCAUUAGUAUCAGAGAACAGCAAACUGCUAGGUUAUAAGCCCCUGAUGAAAAGGCCUAGAGAUAGCCCCAAAUUCUGGGGGGACACUGUUAAAGCUGACAUUCAGCACUGAUGGGAGUUGUGCGUGCAUUUCCCUUCAUCCCACGCUGUACUGCAAACAGACUGGUGCAGAAGAGUGUUGUCCCCUGGAAUUGCAUAGUACUUUCAAUUGAAAACUUUGAACUCUUUCAGCAGAACAGUAAUGAAAUAUAAAAGCAGUAAGUGAAGAAAAAAGCUCCAAAUAGGAUUCCAGAAGAAUUAUAUAUAUAAGGGCAGAGGGCUCUUUAAUUUAACAUACAAAUGCAUAACACUUCACAGGCUGGUAGCUCCAGCCAGACAAGUUCAGACUACAGAUAAGCUGCAUAUUUUUAAUGCUGGAGAGUUCACCUGAGGAUAUGGCAGAUUCUCCACCAACUGAAGUCUGUAAAACCCACAGUCUAGCUCACCUGAAGGUGUGAUGGUAACACUCCACCUUAUUUUAUGCAAAAUGAAGGUUACAAAGACUUCUUCUGUCUUUGAAAGUAUAUGGCUAGAAUUUAUGGCUGCCAUAAAUCUAAAAUAAAUAAAUCCCAUGCCUCAGCAUGAACUUCAGCUUCUUAAUUUUCAAUGGCUAAGAGCAAUACUGGAAAAAUUGAAGGUCACCAAGCCAGGAGUGCUGACCAGAGGGCUCUUGUGUUUGGUGCUGGAGUCUCCGAGGUGGUAAAACAAAACAGAAUAGGCAGUUUCUGUUCUCCUUCAGCCACAGAUUUCCAGAAGCAAAAACAGAAGACUGGUUCUGAAUUCCUUUAGAGGGGAGUUUAGCACCCUCUGGUUUUCCAAGUCUUUGGAAAGUCGUGUGGUUGAUCAAUCAAUUACAUAUUAGUAGGCAGCAAAGGAAACACAACUUUGCAGAUCCCAGAAGACAAAACACACUUCAAGUAAUGUCCUACACACAAUACAAAUGCAUUUGGUGUCUGAAAGAACGGUGCCAGUUUCCGAACAUGUAGUUGUUGGGGAUCUGUUCUCAGAUGUUUUUCACAAAUUCUCUAGACCAGCAGGGUAUCUGCUGAAAAGGCCAUCGUCACUGACUGCAGUUCCUCCUAGCUGGACCUACCCCACUGCCACUCACCAUCCUGCCUUCCUCCGUGCUCUGUUGCCUCAUCUCAGAACUUGUCAGCCCAAGUUCAGAAAAGAUUUUUCUGGAGAUUCAGCACUGAGUCAGUACAAGAGGUUCAGGUCUGACAUGAACCCAUGGGGUCUAUGGGUUUAAUUAUGCUUGAUUGCAUACAAUCAAUCACUGUCGGAGGCAUCAGAUUCAACUGAAGAUGGUUCCUUGCACUUGGGCAAUGGUAUCACAGGAGAAAAAAAAAGCAAUCUGUCAUAAGCAAGUGCCUUAUCUUUCAGCACAUCAAAUUGCAAUAAAAGCUUAAAUAUCAUCUCUAAUGGAGAUCACUCUAAACCGUUCAAAGAAAAGUUUUUAACUCCUCAGAGUGUUCUGCCCAUAAGCCAAGAAACAGGUAGUAAAUGGUGCCACAAGAAAUACCACAUCCAAACUGUGGAUUUUGUGUGCGUGUGUGUGUUAGAGAUCUCAGCGGUUGUCAAGAAGACUUAUUUUUCUGCCACCCUAGGGAAACUGUAAAACAUGCUGCCUUUCUCCUUGCACGCAAACAAACUUUUCCUGAACGGUUUGGGCAGCAAGAAAAUAGCAAGUGCGGAAGAGACUGAUGCAACAAGCAAAGCCCAGAUGGAGCAGCCCACACUGAGGCUUUGUGCUGAAACUCUCUGGGUUUCGUCAGGCUGAAACAUUUGAGAGAUUCAGCAUGGAGCUCACUGCAGCUGACUCCCAAAGUGGUCUCACACCCAGUCAUUUGGUGCAUGAACUUUAUGAGGGCUUGCAUUCAGAAGGAUGCAAUGACACUCGCAUUGAAGGUAUCAGCGCAGUUACAGUCAGGCCAUUAGCACAAUGUUGUUUUCAAGAGGAAUCUUUCCAUUACUUUGCACAUGUCACUGUUGAAAAGUUCAAAUUCUUCUGUAAGUCAAGCAUAUUCGUGUUCAUUUCCCAGAAACUAAUUGUUUUAUUCCUGUUUGCAAAAUCCUUUUACGUACAUGAAGCUUAUUGAAGAGCUUCUUUUGAGGCUUGUUGAAAUUAAACAGACACCAAGUCUGUCAGUCUUACUGUUCCAACCACGUUUUCUGCAUCUCUGAUGCUAUCUAUCUUUAUGGAGAUGUCACAUUCAAAACUGAAUGCAAUAUGGUGUCUGAAGUUUUUCCAGUGCCAAGCUGAAGGACUACUGCAUGUCUUGAAAGUUACUCCAUGUUUGUUCACCCUGCUUUGGUGGUGAUUUGCCUUUUUUUCAACAAGAGCAUGACACGAUUCAGCUUGCGAUCCGCUGUGAUACCAUGCUUCACUAUGGCACUGCUAUUAAGCAAUUUUGAUAUUGGUGUAUAAGUUUUUUAACCUUGUGUUCUGGUUUUAGUUGGGAUAGAGUUAAUUUUCUUCCUAGAAGCUGGUCUGAUGCUAUGUUCUGGAUGCAGAAUGAGAAUAACACUGAUAACACACUGAUGUUUUAGUUGUCGCAGAGCAGUGCUCACACAGAGCCAAGGACCUUCCAGCUUCUCAUGCUGCCCUGUCAGUGAGGGGCUGGGGGUGAAAAAGAGAUGGGAGGGGAGAGAACCAGGACAUCUGGCCCAGGGAUAUCCCAUGCCACAAUGCAUCAUGCUGAGCAAUUAAUAUGGGGUGGCUGGCCAGGGUAGGGUGGACCACUGCUCAGGGAUGGGAUAGGCAUCAUUCAGCAGGUCAUGAGCAAUUACAUUGUGCAUCACUUGCUUUGUUUGUUCUUUAUUAAAGCUUUUACCUAUUUUUUUUUUCCAAUUCUACCCCCCAUCCCAUGGUUUGGGAAGUGAGCAAAGAGCUGUGUGGUGCUCAGCUGCCCGACAGGUUAAACCAUAAUACCUUGCACUUGCCCCUGCUGAAAUGCAGCCUUCUACACACCAGACAGGUUAUGCAAUUUUUCAAGAUCAUUCUGAAUUCGAAUCCUGUCCUCUUAUACUUACAAUGCCUCUGAGCUUUAUGCCACCUGAAAAUUUAAUAACUGUACUCUCUUUCCAUCAUCUAAUUCAUUAAUGAAAACACAUACCAGAAUCAGAUCCAGAAUAGAUUUGGCUGAGCUCCACUUUCUACAUCCUUCCACUCUGACAAAGCACCACUGAUACCCUCUCCAAUACGUUAUCAAACCAGCUUUGCACCCAAUCUAUCAUUGUCUCAUCUAGACCACGCUGCUGCAGCUUGUUUAUGAAAAUGUCACAUGCAAGUAUUUUGGAAACCCUCGUAAUGGUACGACUGUGACAGCUACAUUUCCUCUACUCUUAAAGCCUGUUGCACUGCUAAAACUGGAGAUUAGAUCAGUUCAAAACAUAGGCUACUUGUCCUUGCUGCUAUAUGAAGCAGCUGCUGCUGUGAUUUAUAAUCUUGCAGGCAUUUAUGAAAAGGUUAUUUGUUCCAGGAUUUUUGCAAAGCUUGAAGGCAGGUCAGAAUCAUUUCCCAUACACUUCCCCCUACCCUAUCUGCCCCAUCAAAAAACAACAACAAAAUGCAAUGCCAUUUAGCUUGGACUAUAUACUAUACCUGCUACCCUGACUUUGUGGCUUUAUGCAGACCUGAUGCUUGGUGAAACAGCCACCUGCAGCUUCACCUUCUGCAGAAAGGUUGAGGGCUAGUUGGGGCCCAGAGCUCCAGAAGAGCUCAUCAGAGGACAAAUGCAUACAUAUUGGAAGGAUUUGGUGUGAUCUAUACUCUGUCAUGACAGUUGUGAUGUGCUUUAGGUGGCCCCACGGUGGUGGUGAAGGGCUGCAGCUCUUCCUGAUGCUUGGGAAACACAGCCCCAAAACAUCUGGGACAACCAUUUGCUUGCAUUUUCCUACGUGGUUCCUGUGCAGAGUACUUUGGCCUGAUCAUGGUUCAGGGAAAAAGCAGUCAUUGUGAGGGGGAAAGUGACCCAAGUCGCAAGAUAUACAGCUUGUCUUGCUCUUGUCUUGACACCUGUGCUUUUCUUGCUGCACAGCAGAACUAAAUAAUCCUGCUUUCAAACUGAUGUCCUUAAUCCCAUUGCUUAGACUCAAAACAGGAUGAGUAGCACUCUGUUUCUAAGAGGACAGCAGGAAAAUGGUAGUUUUGGUCCUGAAUAACAAGCUUCAGUAGCUCACAGUGUGCAUCUGUGUGUGUUCCCUGGGCAGCUGUCACCUAGAGGAUAUCUACACCAUACCUACACUAGUAAAAAGGCUGUUUCAGAUCAGACACCUUUUCAUCUAGAUGAAAAGAAGAUUCCUUUUUAUUCUCAACACUACUGCUGGCUGUUAGGAAGUUCAUCCUUUGCAGUUAGGUCCGUCUGUUCAUGGAACAAUAGAAAAAAAAAAAAGUUAGCUCACACAGGCUAAGAAUCUGCCAGUGAAAGACUGAAUGCUUCUGUAUAGCUUUCUCACACCAAAUACUGUUGGACUCCAGCAAUUUCUAAACAUGUACAUAGCAAUAACAGCACAGUUCUGCUAUUUGUGAAGCUUCCUUUCCAGCUACAAAGCAGGCCUUACCCAUACUGAAUAACUGUGGUUUGUUCCCAAGUUAUCCCUUAUUCUUGAUACUUUUCAACCAUGAGGAUCAAGAACAUGCCCUUGAUACCCUCUUCUGGUGUUUGGCGUUGUCAGGGUUUGCACAACUGGAAAGAGCAGUGUGGCCUAAGGUCUGUGGGACUGUGAGCUCUGUAGACUCCUUUUGAGCUUGAUGUUUAUCCAAAACCUACCUGUCCUUCCAAGAACUUAGACUUGCCCCUCCUUUUUCCUUCCAUUUCUGGGCUCUUUGUCAUCUCUUUGCCUAUUAGAUGGUGUUUCUUGAAGGGAACACAGUUAACUGAUGCUCUAUAUAUCUAGAUUGUUUGUGUUUGAAAUGUUAAGCUUAUUUUUCCUUAACAUUUUGUAUUGUUUCAGUUUCUAUGAAGCCACAUUCCAGGUUGACAGCAGUUCUGAUAAAUUCUGCAAAAUCUCAUAUGCUGGGGUUUUCAUUUGUUUGUUUGUUUGUUUAUUUGGCUUGUUUCCUGGAAAACUUUUGUUGAUCUGACUGAAUCAAAAUAGAAGAGAAAAUGAAAUAAAUUAUAUGAUGCCAUGGGUACACAUGAAUGUGGAUUCCACAUCCUCAUUUAGCAGAGCCAGAAGGCAGAGGCUCUCUCUAGACCCCAGUUCCUUGCCCUGUUUUAAUACUCAAAGCACUUCACAGACCAACACCCUGCACAUGGUACCCUCUGAAGUAGUUUCUUUUAAUCCCUUGUUAGUCCCAGCUGCCAGAAGAGCCAUACUAGUUCAGAUCAAGGGUUAUCUUACACCAUCUGUGCAGUGUUCUCUCAAGUAUGCCCAUAAAAAAGAAGCCCAAGGGAAAAAAAUAAAAAAGGAACAACAAAAAAGUAUUUAAGAUCCUAAGUUUCUAAGUUUUCCUAUUUUCUAAGUAUUUUUGGUUCAGAGGAGAUGUUGGCCUGGAGCAGCUUUUCUGCUUAGCAGAUAAUCCCAAACAAUCUCCCUUCCAGUUUGCCUUGAGCCCAUGAAAACUCCUUGUAUCCACAUCUUUGGCAAGAAGUUUCCCAGGGCUACAGCCCAUUUCAGAAAGAAUCGGCUCCUUUUGAGCCCUCCACUGGCCUCACUCCACAGCGCCUUGGAAUGACUCUGAAUAAUCAGUCCCCAUUCACCCUGUUGCUGCUUGUGAGAUCUGGGGACUUCACGCUUUCUGCACAAGCUACAGCUUUCCUCCCAGCCACUUUUCUUCCAUUCUUCCUCUGCCUGUUCCAUGUCAUCUCAAAAGCUUUUCUCUUCCAGGCACAUUCCGUCAUGCUACGGAAGGCACAAGUUUCACCUGGCCAGUUUGUUGGAUCAGUAGCAAAAGGAAAACAAACUGUCUUCCUUGUUGCCCAGCUACAGCCCUUGGAAGAAAACACAUAAACAAUAUAUUAAGCACACACCACUGGUCUCAGUGAACUUUUAUUUUGGUUUAAAUAAUCCCUCUU